AUGAGUACCACACUUCAGCCCAGCCGCCCGUCGUGGGCGUCCAAGUCUGCAUUCGAUGCACUGGCAGUGGAAUCAGGAGAGGAGAGUGAGGAUGAGCUCUUCGAUGAGCCAGCUCCGGUGUCCGCGACGGAGAGUGGAUCAGAGUCAAUGUCGAAACCUUCAAAGUCGGCGCUGAAAAAGGCCAAGGAGGUCGCGCGGCUUGAGCGACAGCAACAGCGCAAGGCGGCAGCGCGUGCAGCCAAGGCACAGAGUGUAGGGUUGUCGCCAUCGCCAGCGCAAGUUCCUACCGCAGAUACUCCCGCGACGACCCCCAAGUCCUCCGCGCAGGCCGCUGACGCAGAGCCUGCAGAACCCUCGCAUACAGAGCUGCCAGCGAAAGGCGCUGAUGAGGAGCCAUCCCCAGACAAGCCGUAUACGAACGGUACUGCACACCUACAAGUGGAUGCCACGCCAGCCCCUCCAAAGUCUCCACCCAUGUCUCAAGUGGCAUCUGCCGCAAAGCCGUCACCGCCAGCAUCAGUUGACCCUCCGCCAGAAUUGAAGCCAGCUCCUAUCGAGAAGCCAGCAACUCCCAGCCCGCCCAAGUCUGCGAACAGUGAGGCGAAGGUUUCCAAUGGCCAUGUAGAUUCAGGUGCUCUCAAACAGCAGGAGGCUCUACUAGAUGGUGAGCAGGUGAAGAAACGGCGGAAUAUCUUGACAAGGACAUUAUGGACGUUCAUAAUGAUCGGCGGGUUCUUGAUGCUCCUGCUCAUGGGACACGCAUAUAUGAUUAUGCUUGUGCUAUUGUGUCAAACGCUCGUAUAUCGCGAAGUUACAUCGCUGUUCUCGCUCAAGCGGAAAGAUUCAGGAGAGACACGGUCAAGAGGGCGUGAUCCGUGGAGCAAGACGUUGAACUGGUACUUCUUUGUUGUCACGAACUACUUCUUGUACGGUGAGAGCAUCAUAUAUUACUUCAAGCAUGUAGUUUUCGCCGACGCGCAACUGACUCUAUUUGCGACCAAUCACCGAAUGGUCAGCUUCACGUUGUAUACCAUUGGUUUCAUGGGAUUCGUCAUGUCUCUGCAACGCGGAUAUCUCAAGCAGCAAUUCGGGUUGUUCUGCUGGGUGCAUAUGACCCUGCUGCUCGUUGUCGUCUCCAGUCAUUUUAUCAUGAACAACAUUCUCGAGGGCAUGAUCUGGUUUUGGGUACCUGCUUCUUUGGUGAUCUGCAAUGACGUAUUCGCCUACAUUUGGGGAAUGUCAGUAGGACGCACCCCGCUCAUCAAGCUGUCCCCUAAGAAGACAGUCGAAGGCUUCGUGGGUGCGUUCUUCAGCACAGUCGUUUUUGGUGUCCUGUGGGGCACGUAUUUCAUGCGGUUCGACUACAUGAUCUGCCCUGUACACGACCUUGGAGUCAGUGCCUGGAGCGAAACUGCUCGCUGCGACCCGAAUCCGGUGUUUGUCUGGAGGGACUGGGCGAUUCCGGCACCCAUGGGGGCCUUCCUGACUACUCUGCUGGGUCGAGAGAUUACGACUAUCUCGUACGCGCCAUAUCAAUAUCACCUGCUCUUCAUGUCGUGUUUCGCAUCACUGGUCGCACCCUUCGGCGGCUUCUUUGCGUCUGGCUUCAAGCGAGCUUUCAAUAUCAAGGACUUUGGACACAGCAUUCCCGGGCACGGAGGCAUGACGGAUCGCAUGGACUGCCAGUUCCUCAUGGGCGUUUUCACCUAUGUCUAUUACAGCAGCCUCAUCCGGCAAAACAACGUCUCCGUCGGUUCGCUACUCCAGAUGAUCGUGAGCGGGCUCACGCCCGGUCAGCAGCUCGAGCUCAUGGGGGAUCUUAAGAGAUACCUGGAAGGGCAAGGGAUUGUCGUAAACAUAUGA